CGGGGCGCUUGUUUGCACGGAUGGCGCAGCGAGACACAUUGCGGAGACGGCUGCCCUUCUUCAAGAGACGGCAGGGAGAAGUCGUGCUGCGCCCGAGCACUUGAACGGUGAAGGGCGGCUGCAGCAGAAGAGCUCUAGGAGGUCGCUCAUCAGCUUCACACACUGUGGCUUGCGCGUCAGGAGUUGUCUGCUUAAUCACGCCCCUGGAGUGCUUGAGUGCUCUCCUGACCGCUUCGCUCGCGGACCUGAUCGAUCGCGGCGGGCUGAUGCCUCUGCUGCUGCCCUGCCAGAGCAGCACUGGCUUCUGUCGCACACAGGUGGCGUGCUAGCCCGUGCUCGCUUUUGCUGCCGGCCUGCAGAAAGAGGCUUGGCCGUCUGAUGAUCUCUGCACAUGCUGCUGCAUGCUGGGUCACCGAGCGGCUCCGAGAGACAGAGAUCCGAUGCGAGAGCCCGCUCGUCGAGGCGACGACUCCGACCACCAUAUCUGCGCCCCAGCGACGCCUGCUCUGCGACACUCGCCCACAUUCUCCUCCCUGCUCUACAUUUGAGCGCUGCGGCGCCAUGGAGAAUCCAGACUUCUUCUACACAGCCAAUGCGGCACAAGUGCAAGGGGUCGCGAAUGCGGUGGGCUACGCGCUCACCAUCGUGUGGUUGGUGAAGCGCGAUGCAGUCCGGGCAACUCCGUGGCAGAAGACACUCGUUGCCGUCAUGCUGGUCUCGAACACGAUCAACGGCGUGAUCCAGUAUGCCAUCACUUCGCAUUACUUGAUGCACCCAUCUGAGAUAAAGGACAUUCCGCCCGUCGCCUGGAACAAGCCUCUGGGCUCGAUCUUGAGCAGCAUCUCAUGCUUCGCCGCCCAGGUCUACUAUGUCCAGCUCGCUGCGUCCUGCUGCAGCUGGCGAAGGGCCUACAAGCUGUUCGGGCUCGCCUUCUCCUUCAUCACGCUCACGGUGGCCGUCAUCUUCCCCUCCUACUACCUCCGGCACCCGCACGCGACGAGGCACAAGGGCUAUGUUCUAGUCGUGUACGUCAGCGUAGCAAGGGCCGUACAGGACGUCGUCGUAGCGUCGUGCAUCGGCUAUCGCCUGUUAGCCCUCGACAAAGGCCUCGCUAAGGUCAACAGGUCGCACAUACUGCGGUCUCUUGCGUGGCAACUAGCUCUCAGCUUCGAACUCAGUUUCAUCACGGCCAUGUGGUCGGUCACAACGGUGGCCACCUACUUGGCCUCGCGCGAGGGAAAUUUGCAUACGAUCUUCGUUUUCGGCGCUGGAAGCGUUCAUUUCCUUAGCAUGAUCAUCUCUCUCAUCUCGCGCAGCAACCUGCAGCACGCAGUCAUCCGGCCGUCCGAGACCGAGGACCCAAAUCGCUGCACAACGGUCGCGGGCGCCGUGUCCAAGUGCUACGGCAUCGAGAUCGGCGAGCUGCCAGCGUUGGGCGAGGAUCUCGAGCCGGGCAUUGUGCGGCCACGGCACCUGCGGCUACCAUGCGACGAAAUGCGGGCUGCGACAAGAGGAGCGCGCACGGACGGCGCCUACGAGGACGGCGUCUUCUCGCCGUGCGAGGUGCUGCCGGAGCUGCGGCGGCUCGGCAUCGGGCGCGAGCAGGAGCGUCGCUGGCGCGGCUCGCUGCCCUCGCCGGUGACGUCGACGGGCGCCCUCGACGACUUGUGCAUCUUCGAGGGGCGCGACAUGGGCCGGUCCACCGGCUGCCGGCGCUGCAUGCGCUCGGCGACGGUCACGGAGCGGCCGGCGCCGGGCAUGAUCUUCUUGCCGGGCACGACGCUCGUCGACAGCAUCGACAUGCGUGCGGCCAAGAGCGCGCUGAGCAUCUCGCCGUUUGCCUACAUGGGCGACCCCAAGUCGCCGCUGUCCGAUGCGACCGAGCCUGCACCGGCAUCCGACGACACGCCAGCGCUCGCCAGCCUCUUCGCCAGCGAGCCGGGCCCAAGUGUGCGGCGGCCGCGCUGGGCCUUCUUCCGCCUGCCGUCGGGCGGCGGCAAGUGAGCCGCCUGACUCGCACCGGACCGCACCCCUGCAUCGCCCCCACCUUGU